AUGAAGCUGAUCUUGGUGCGCAAAUUCCGCGUCCUCAUCCUGCUGGUUUUCCUGGUGGCCUGCACUCUGCACAUCCUCAUCGACCUCUUGCCUAAGCUGGAGAAGCGAGCCGCGGGGUCGGAAGCCGGGGCGGCGGAUGCCAGCCCGGGCUGUUCUUGCUCUCACACCGCAGCAGCAGCAGCAGCAGUAGCCCAGCCGGGGGGAGAGCGACGCGGCUGGCCCAAGGAACCUCCGCCGCCGUCUUCCUUGGAACCGGAGCCUCCGCCGGCUGCGGCGCAGGAGGAGCCCGGGAGAGCCCAAGCCGGCGCCUCGGAGGCGGCCGCGGCCGCCGCGGGCUGGCCUAGCAAGCACACGCUGCGGCUCUUGCAGGAUUUCAGCAGCGAGCCCAGCUCCAACCUCACCUCGCGCUCCGGGGAGAAAGGCAACGGCGAGCGGAGAGGAGGAGGAGAGGCGCCGCCGCCGCCGCCGCCGCGGAGCUUCAGCACCACCGGAGCGCUCCGCGCGAAAGGGAAAACGAGAGCAAGCGACAGGCUGCAGAACGAGCCCCACUCGCCGCCUUUGCUGCCGCUUUACCGGGAGGAGGAGGAGGAGGAAGAUGAAGAAAGAGCCGCCGCGGCGGUGGGGCCCGCGGGCACCGGCUCCCGCCUGGCCGCGCUCUUCGCCCACCCGCUCUACCAGCUGGCAGUGCCCCCGCUGGACGAGGCUGAUCUCUUGUUCAACGUCAACAGCGACAUCCGAUUUAACCCCAAGGCGGUGGAGAAUCCCGAGUGGCAAAACGAAGGGAAUGAAGACGAGGACUUCCUACCCACGGGCGAAACGUCUGUCGAUUCCUACCCAAAUUGGCUCAAAUUCCACAUUGGCAUUAACCGGUACGAGCUGUAUUCCAGGCACAACCCGGCGAUUGGCACCUUGCUGCACGAUUUGGCUACCCAGAAAAUCACCAGCGUUGACUAUUACAACUAUCCAGUAGAUAGAUCCAUCUCUCCAAAGAAGUGGAAGAAUAUCCCCCAUCUUGAUUUGAGGAGCUCCUUGGCCUCUUCUGAAUGGACUUUGGUCAGAGUAACCCCAGAAGAAGAAAAAGCUCAUCACAAACCUCUGGCAGUUCAAGUCGUGGUAACUAGUGAUGGAAGCAGCUCAGAACUAGAAUCUGAUGUUUCUGGAAAUUCAGCCAUGUUUGCAUCCUCAGAAGAAAUGUUGCCAUCACCUAAGCCAAUCUGGAAUUGUCUCUCAUCUUCAAAGAGAUCUCCACCAUUCACCACAAAUUUGGAGAACAGAAAUGAUCGCCUUGAAAAAUCCAAAGCUGCUAAUGCAUUACAACGAGCCUACAGUCUUCGUGACUCUUCUUCGUCAAAAAAAUAUCAGAACUGGAAAAAGAAAAUUCAGUCAAAUUUUCCUCUUUUGUACAACAAGAGAAGUGGAUUGUCUUCAAAGGACACUUCUGCCAAUCUUCAGCAAGAGUUUGAGGACAGUUGCUUUAAGACAGAGGUAG